CCUCCUGUUCUCCUUUCCCCGAGUGGAAGAGGUAGUGACGCGCUCUUAUUAUCAAUCUCUUUGGUAAUGACAUUGACGAUAGCACGAAGUUGAGCUAAGGAUGGUAACUGAAGAACCCAGGGCCACGGGGAGCCCUCCGCUUUGGACCCAGAAGUGCAGGAAGCCGUGGACCGUCGUCGUGCUGUCCGCUCUGUGCUCUGCUGUGUCCGUGGCUGCUGUUGGCUCCGUGGCUGCGUUCCUCUAUCCCAUACUCAGAGAUCUGCGAGCAGAAAGAGUGACACGGCAAGAUGGCACUGAAGUCAGGAUGUUGGGUUUCUGGAGUAUCAUGGUGGUGUCAUUAUCAGCUGGAUGUGUCUGCAGUAUCUUUUCAUGGAUAAUCAUUUACCUCGACUCCUACCAGCCUGGAAUGGUAAUCACAAAGCCCAGAUUCCUGUCCUACUUCAGACGUGAAUCAGAACAUGGGUUCCACCUGGGUUACUGUGUCGCUGUCCUGAAUGGCAUCAUGGCCACGCUCACCGUCCUCUGGAGCCUCCGCUGAUGUUUAAGCAACAGCAUCUGACAGCUGUCAGAUUCGGAGUCAUAUGAGGGAGUGUUAUAUGAACAUGUGGUCAGUGUCAGAAGACGAGCAGGCACAUGCUCGAGUUAAAACAAGUCCUCUGGAGUAUAUUUGGAUUUCUCUAAAGUGGAGACAGUGUUUGGCAGCAGUUUCAUUCUGUGUGAAUUGAAUGAAAGUACUGCACGUGUGUGUGUGUGUGUGUGUGUGUGUGUGUGUGUGUGUGUGUGUGUGUGUGUGUGUGUGUGUGUGUGUGUGUGUGUGUGUGUGUGUGUGUGUUCCACAGUAGUUCUGUAGUAUGUUGAGGCAGUAUCGUGUUGUAUGGUCGCACAGGUUUGUCAGGGUGAACGUAAUUUCAUUCUUUCAUGAUUUCAUAGAUUUUAUGUUGAUUUGCAAAUUUGUGGUGAAAAAUUUUUGUUCCUAUUUUUAUGCUUAAUUUUUAAAAAGUCUUGUCUGCUUUCCCUAAAGACUGUCAGCAUACCCCUCCUGGGCAACACUGUUGGAGAGUUAAAGUGCUGCAUCACUGGCACAAAAGCUUAAGUGCUCUUGUUAUUGUCAUGUGAUCAGAUCUUUUAAGCUGCAGGACAGGCUGAAUUGGUCGUCCUGACAUGACUGCGUUUGGCGGCCGACUGUCCACUGAAUGCCGUCCAGAGUGGUGGGAGAAACGCAGCCACAAAUCUCGAGCAGUCCGCAUACAUAUUGCAUGAGAGCAUCUGACAUGCUGCACAACACACACAUGAAAGUCGAGCGGCACUGCCAUUGCCUUUGCAAGUGCAAGGAUUUGCGACUUGGCACUUGUGGAU